CAUUCUCUCUGUCUCUCUCUGUGUGUAUUCUUUUUCUCCGCCCUUUGCUCAUCUCCUUGGGGCUUUUCUGCUUUCUCUUCGGUGCCCCUCGCUCUUCUUCUGAAUCCUCUCUUCCUCUUCUCCCUCCUUCUCCUCUUGCUCCUUCUCGGCUUCUGUCUGUCUGUCUUGUGGACAUGGGGUGAGGCGACUGGCAGCGUGUGCGCGUUGGGGAUGUUUCUUUCCCACCUUUGUAGAGAGGGAGGGAGGGAGCGAAAGCGAGAAAGAGAGAGAGAGUGAGUGAGUGGGAGGGAGGGGUGUUGUGGGGUUAAGGAGAGGAGGGCUAGCAGUGAGGAGGAGGAGGAGGAGGCUGGUUUGACGUGGAAGGAGAGGGAAAAUCUGGGAUGGUGCGAGGUGAUGGUGGGUCGAAUCGCUGAGAUCACAGUCUUGUUUUGCAGAGGAGAUGGGUGGUAGGUUUAUUUGAUUGUGGAGUGUCGCGGUGAGAUUGAGCCAGGGAUGCUUGGUGGUGGUGGUAGUAGGGGUGGUGGCAUCUUCGACAAAGGAGUGGAGGUUACAGGGAAGGAGUUUGACUGGAGAGGUAGCUUAGUAUGCAACCGACGUGGUGCGCAGUGAAAGAUAUUCCGGUGGGGUUUUGGGAAUCUAAUUCGUUAAGGAGGGUGAAUUCUGAAAUGGAAGAGCCAUAGCUGGGUUUCUUUUUCUGGUGAAAGCCAAGCUAACUAUUCUUUAGUAUGAUUCGUGUUUUAAUUGCAAUGGAAGCGGGUGUUCUCAAUCAAAGGUCGUCGCGAAUGCUCUUGGGUUUGUGAGUCGCAUUCCUCCUCCGAAAGAUUUGAGAACGUCUACUGCCUGGCAGCAUAUCGUAGAAGUCCCUCAUUUAGACCUGUUCCAGUACGUCGCUACAUCAAAAGCGUAGCUUAUGGCUGGUUCUCCCAUGACAACUUUAUCAAUUGGAGGGAUGUCACCUAGUAAUGGUGUAAGAGAGCACCAUAGUUAUGAAACGAUGCUCAGAUUGAAAAGCUACGUUCCGGAGCUAUAUCCCACCGACCAUCUUCACGAUGGCACUUCCACAGGCGAGGUGGAAGCGUCUAAUGGAGUUUUAAGUGGAAGUCAUAACUCGAGCAAGGGUUUGAAGAGAAAGAGACCGGAACAUCCUGGAGCACAGUCAGCUCCUGUGUAUGAUGGCGGGGAGGCUAAGAUUGUAUUGGGUCUGGGCCAAGUUGACGAUUCCAGCAGCAUGGAUGAGGACUCUGGUGUUGUUCUUGGGUUGGGCCAGUCAGACACUAGAGAUUACUCGGGAAAUCUUUCAGGAAGUGCGAACUUUUGUAGGAGUAUGGGUGGGGAUGAAACAGUCCACAGUGGAAGCGCCGUCGCGGAGAUGCUUUUGGCAAGGGGUCAGGGUCAAGGGCUGAACCGUAUAGAACCCGGUGCCCUUCUCCGUUUGAACAGCAUGGGAGAUCUACAUUCGGGGGCUGCUGGAACUGGAAGUCAAGGUUGGCACGGGGAUGCUCGGCGAUAUAACAGCCACUCUGAAAAUCAGGUUGGAUCACACCUGGGAUUAUCUCCCUCUUGUCCUGGUUACGCUGGCUCGUCAAAUGGUCGGAAGUUCGGAAGCGAUGAUGGGCUGCUUUUAGGACUCGGUCAAGGGGCUAAGGCUCACCUUGGCAGUAGCGGACAUUUUCCUGUUGUCGACGAAGGGUCUAGUACAGCUCGGUUAACUUAUGGCGGCUACAUGCCAUCACUUCUGAUGGGUAGCCAAAUCUAUCCCACAGUGGCUUCUGAUCGGCACCGUAGUGAUGCCCGCGGUAAAGGGCGCAGCGAGGACGAAAUAGUCGAGCACGACCUUCUGAUGAGCCUACGUGCAACUGCAAGCGGUGGGACAACAUCUACCAGUGGUGCUUCUGGCUCUGAUCGAGUCCCAAAAGUGUGUAAAUUUAGGGGAUGUGGUAAGGGUCCGAGAGGAGCUUCCGGCCUAUGCAUCGCGCAUGGGGGCGGGCGGAGGUGCCAAAAGCAUGGGUGCAAUAAGGGUGCAGAAGGACGCACGGUGUACUGCAAAGCGCACGGAGGCGGCAGAAGAUGUCAAAAUUUGGGAUGUACGAAAAGCGCUGAAGGCAAAACUGAUUACUGCAUAGGACACGGUGGUGGCCGCCGCUGUAGCUUUCAAGGCUGUGACAAGGCUGCUCGUGGUCGCUCAGGUCUGUGCAUCCGUCAUGGUGGUGGGAAGCGCUGCCAGAUUGAGGGGUGCACCAAAAGCGCCGAAGGAUACUCUGGGUUGUGCAUUUCACAUGGCGGUGGACGAAGGUGUCAAUUUGCCGGUUGCACUAAAGGAGCCCAAGGCAGCACUAUGUUCUGCAAAGCCCAUGGAGGUGGAAAGCGUUGCAUUAUACAGGAUUGUAACAAGGGUGCUGAGGGAAGCACUCCACUCUGCAAAGGCCAUGGAGGUGGGAAACGUUGUGCUUUUGAUGGUGGUGGGAUCUGUACCAAAAGCGUGCACGGAGGAACCCUCUACUGUGUUGCUCAUGGAGGUGGGAAACGCUGUGCUGUGGAAGGCUGCGGAAAAAGUGCGCGGGGCCGAACAGAUUUCUGCGUUCGACAUGGAGGUGGAAAACGGUGCAAGAUCGAGGGAUGUGGAAAGAGCGCACAGGGUAGCACAGAUUUUUGCAAGGCUCAUGGAGGUGGUAAACGAUGUCAGUGGGGAGCUGAGGGUUCCAACUUUGGUGACCUCUUGAAAGACAAAAAUGGAGAGCCCGUUUCUGGGUCUCCUUGUGACAAAUUUGCUCGAGGCAAGACUGGUCUUUGUGCAGCUCACAGUGCUUUAGUUACUGAUCGACAGGUACACGGUGGGAGUGUAAUUGGAAGUGCAAUUGCCCCUGGAUUGGCCCCUGGUCUAUUUCGAGGUUUAGUAGCUGGUGCAGGGCAGAGCCGUCCUAGCGGUUUGGCUACCACAAGUACAACUGCAGAGACGGCUGCAACUGGUGGUAGCAGACCUGUCGGAAGUGUUUCCGCUGAAAUGAGGAGUGGAGCAUCAGAGACUCCAGAUGCAUCAAGCUCUGAUGCACCCUCAAAUUCUGCUCGAGCUCCAAUUGGAAUUUGGGUUCAAAGGGGUUCAGCACUUUCCAGAAGUUCUAUGUCACAAGGGUUUUCUGGUAGCAUGGAUACUACAAAUCCUUCCAUGGUUAGCGACGCCUCGGGCACUGUGCAUGGUCCUUAUCGUGGCGGUAUACUGGGUACUUCUCAAGGUGGCAACCAGCUUGGUGACGGGAGGAAUUUGAAUGCAUCUGGAAAUCCUGGCGUUGGUGGACUUGCUGAUUCCACUGCUGAAUUGGAUUUGAAUCCUAGAGCCCCAGAGACUACUAUGCAGCCAACACCUUCGUCACUUCCUUUUCACCAACCCCUCAUUCCUCCUCAGGUUUUGGUGCCUUUAUCAAUGCAAAAAGACAUACAUUUGUCCAACAAGUCUAGGAACGGGCGGCCACCUCGGCCGCAACUCUCAGAUGCUGAUGAAGGAGUGUUCAACAUGGGUUUGUUGUCACUACCCGAGGGGAGAGUUCACGGAGGUGGGCUUAUGCCGUCGCUUUCUGGGAGCCGUGUUCAUGGAGGAAAGCUAACGCCUGCUGUCCCUGAAGGCCGAGUGCAUGGAGGUGGUGUCAUGGACAACGUAGGUGACGAUUCUCGUCAUCGUGUAGACGCGUUCAAUUUCAGGAUGGAUUCUUCCAGAACUCCCACGUAUAAUAUGCGGUAUCCAGUUCAUGGACACUCAAUUCCAGGGUCCUGUGCAUCGGACAAUGGAUUGCUACGACCUGAUUUGAGUCUGGAGAGAAAUAACUCUUUGGGCAUUGAUGUUGGGCAGUUCUUGGCAACUGGGGUUGACUUGAAUUGACCUUCACAUUAGCGAUGUGGAGAUUCUGGAUGCUUGACGAUUUGCAACAUGCUAACAACACUUUAGAGUGAUGAGUCUUGUGGCCAGGACGAUUUGGGUGAUGAAAUGGUGGUAUAUUUCUUUUGUGAGUUUGAGAGACCUUUGGCGUGCAAGGCGUUGGGGUUGGGUGGGGAUUAGGCUAGUAGUAAAUAGAGUUUGUUUAGAGUUAUGUUGAGUUUGACAGUGGUAGUGGGAAUCCUAAGACGUCGGUUACGCCUGGUGAUACAGAGAUGCAUCAGUGUGAGAUGUUGGCCACGCUGGUCCUGUUAGCCUUCCCUACUUAACAAUAUCGUCUCUUUGUUAUCAUGUCUUAAGCUAAGUCCAACUUCAAUUGUUGAGCUUCGUCUGCGCUGGCAUUUGAGUCCACCAUGAAUUCAAAAAGGUGGAUCUAAAGAGGAGGCAACAGCAAAGGCUCUAACUUCGGCCUUCAUCUGGUUUCAAUUCCAUUAUGCAGUGUAAUGACAAGCAAAUGACAAGGUGAACAUUAUUUAGAUGAAGGAUUCGGUAUCAUUCCUCUGUAGCAGGAUGCAAGUGGAUAGAGCAGAUGGGUCUUGUACAUUCAACUAGGGUUAUAUUGUAAUUUGGACGAGCUGGUAUGUGGCUCUAUUUGUAAUUUAUGAUGGAUGAAGGAUUUAAUUACAUUCUGAUGUGUUUCUUUGGGCCAUGGCCCAAUUA